CUGCAUAGCUGUAACUUAGCAAUGGAAAUGCAGCCAUGGUGGUUUGUGAAUUAGCUCAUGUGUAAAUAUGGAACUGCAUGUUACCCUUUUCCUUCUGCUGUGUUCCUCUUUCUCUCUUCCUAACUCUACUCUUCCCCUUCUUGAAAUCUUGUUGCAGAGUUUGAGCUCUCCAGCAUGUACAAUCUUGCUUUAGCAUAAGCCAUAUGUAGUAGGAGAUCAUCUGGCUGUAUAAAAAGGAAGUUUGUUUUCUAUAAAAGCGGACAUUUAUAGACUUUGUACUUCCUGUGUAAAAAAAACUAUGGUACAGAGAGUUUUUUCAUCUUAGUUGGAGUCAGUUAGAAAUCGCCAUAUACAGUAGAGUCUCACUUAUCCAAGCCUCGCUUAUCCAAGCCUCUGGAUUAUCCAAGCCAUUUUUGUAGUCAAUGUUUUCAAUAUAAUGUGUUAUUUUGGUGCUAAAUUCAUAAAUACAGUAGAUACAACAUAAGAUUACUGCAUAUUGAACUACUUUUUCUGUCAAAUUUGUUGUAUAACAUGAUGUUUUGGUGCUUAAUUUGUAAAAUCAGAACCUAAUUUGAUGUUUAAUAGGCUUUUCCUUAAUCCCUCCUUAUUAUCCAAGACAUUUGCUUAUUCAAGCUUCUGCCGGCCCGUUUAGCUUGGAUAAGUGCGACUCCACUGUAUACUCAUGUACAAGUCCAAACAUUUUGACUUAUUUGGGUUGGUUCAUACAUGGGUCCAUCUGAUGCUUUGAAUGUGAUUUUUCUGCUUCUUGGCAGGGGGUUGGACUAGAUGGCCCAUGAGGUCUCUUCCAACUCUAUGAUUCUAUGAUCUGUCCACUGUUGUGCAGCUUCAGGCCUUUUCAGUUGCCUGCAUUAAAAAAUGGGGGCUUAUCGUUGCGUUGGUGCUUCCCUACCAGUGAGAAAAGAAGGGUUGAUUCUUCUUUUAGGUUACCAAGAUGGGCUAAGGUCUUUCCCAUCUGUUCUGCUCAGAGCGGGGGGGGGGGGGGCAGUUUACUCAUGAGUAACCAAGGGGAAUAUCCUGCCUCUCUUUGCCCAGGUUGCCUCCUGUUUUACUUGUUAGUUCUACUGUGACCACAACUGCCAUUCGCUUCUUGGCUGUCAUGGUCUUUUGCUCAUGUUCCCAUUCUAACUCCUUCUCUGGUAGUGAUGGCAGCAUGUUACUCUCCUCCAGUUCUUCACCUGCAGACUGAGUGUUGGGGUCGUGUAACAGUUGCCCUGGAGCAGCACUACAGUGGUUGCCUGGGAGAUGGAGGAAAGGAGUGUGCUGUCAGAUAAGUAGGUGAAACCAAAGCAUGAGCACAGAGCUUCAUCGGCUAAGGAGGGAAUGGCACCAUGACUGCUACAGCAGCAAUGAAUAAAGGUGGCCUAGGCAAAGGUAUAUCCAUGGGUUUGAAGGCAUAGAAUUGUGAAAAAGUGAGAAUAUGGCAGUGAAGGAGAAUGCUUUCCAUGUAAGGAAGAAAAGCAGGCCUUAUAAGAAAGGCAGGUCAGUCAUGAGACGCAUCAUACUUGCAAUUCUCCUGGCUGCUGGAGUGAUGUAUGUUAUACUACACUGCAACCUCUGGAGGACAAACAGCUAUUGGCUGCCACCUACAGAUUUCGAAAGAAAAGUGCAAGUACUGCCUUGCACUCCCAUACCCAGCAACUUAACUUUGGUAACGUUUACUGCGCUCUAUCCCUUCCUGUGUCCUCAUAAUUUUCAGCAAGUGUCUGAGCUCCAUGGAAGUUUCAGCUUUGACUUGCCUUAUGGAAUAAGGAGAGCAGAAAGAUUUUUUCAGCUGGCACUUUCAAAAUCAAAUAACUGUGGACUUUUUGCUGAAGAUGAUAGUCCAUCCUGCAAAAAAUGUGUGGUGGUUGGCAAUGGAGGUGUUCUUCGAAACAAAAGUCUGGGGGAGACAAUUGAUUCCUUUGAUGUGGUGAUCAGAAUGAAUAAUGGACCUGUUGUAGGCUAUGAAGAAGAUGUUGGAAGGAGGACAACAUACCGGCUCUUCUACCCAGAGUCUGUUUUUUCAGAUCCUAUUCACUAUGACCCUAACACAACCGCAGUUCUUGUUGUUUUCAAACCCUAUGACUUAAAAUGGCUUUGGGAUUUAUUGAGUGGACAGCGUUUCAUUAGACCCAGACAUCCCACAACAGGGUUGAUUGCCAUUACAUUUGCAUUACAAAUAUGCAGUGAAGUUCACCUGGCAGGUUUCAAGUACAACCUUAAUGAUCGAAACAGUUCUUUGCACUAUUAUGGCAAUGACACCAUGUCUCAGAUGAUGAAGAAUGCAUAUCACGAUAUUGCUGUGGAACAACGGUUUUUGAAGGAACUCAUAGAUCUCAAAAUCUUGAUCAAUCUGACAUAAGAAUAAAACUGGAAGAACAAGAACUAUUUUUGAGAAGAUUGGCUUUUUUAUUUGGACUUUUUAAAAAAAGUAUUUAUCUGAUUUGCCAAGAAGAGGCAGAUGUAUGCCAUGCUGUGCAGAACUCCCAGGUCUAGUAUAAACAGAGGAACGUUUCUGCGUUGAGUGUUAAUUGAGUGCAAGAAAGCACUAAGCAAGCAUCACCAUUAACGGACACAUGUGAAUUAAUUUAAUAAUGGAAAAAAUGCUGGACGUGCAUAAAAAUGGCACUCUUCUUAAUGAGAGAACAAGCUUUUGCUAGCCAGAUUUUUCUCUACCUCUUUGCCUGCUCUCCUCAUGAACAUCUAUGACCUAGAUCUUCAGAAACAGUUUUGGAAGGUAAAGAGUAAGAGACAUUGGGGGGGGGGGGUUAUAUGCAUUUUCCACCCCCCCUGUCCAAAUUUAAACAUGAGUGGAAAAAAGAAAUGUUGCAGAAAUUAAAGCACAGUGGGGCCCAGAGGGUGGGGUGCCCAUAAUUAAAUUUAGUUCUUGGAUGUAAAGAAUGCAGAAAAUCAUGUAGUUUUUUUUAAAGAAAGAAGCUACACACUUUGGCUUUAUCAACAAGUUAAUAAUACAAAAAGAGUUAAGGUGUUGUACAGAUGGUAGGGACCUAGUGCAUUAUUGUUUGCUAUAUACCUAAUGUUCGUAACAUAGGGUUGUUCUGUGUUUUCUGGGCUGUAUGGCCAUGUUCCAGAAGCAUUAUCUCCUGACGUCUCACCCACAUCUAUGACAGGCAUCCUCAGAGAUUGUGAGGUAUACCUCAAAACAUCUGAGGAUGCCUGUCAUAGAUGUGGGUGAAACGUCAGGAGAUAAUGCUUCUGGAACAUGGCCAUAGGGACCUAGUGCAUUAUUGUUUGCUAUAUACCUAAUGUUCGUAACAUAGGGUUGUUCUAUGUUUUCUGGGCUGUAUGGCCAUGUUCCAGAAGCAUUAUCUCCUGACGUCUCACCCACAUCUAUGACAGGCAUCCUCAGAGAUUGUGAGGUAUACCUCAAAACAUCUGAGGAUGCCUGUCAUAGAUGUGGGUGAAACGUCAGGAGAUAAUGCUUCUGGAAAAUGGCCGUACAGCCCAGAAAACACACAAUAAUCCAGUGAUUCUGGCCAUGAAAGCCUUCGACAACAUGUUUGUAACAUGGUUUUCCUGAUGCUUCCUGACAGUCUGGGUCUUCCCAUGGGAAUUGUUUAAUAUUCAUUAAAAAGGGAGGUUAAAAGUCUUCUUUGAAUAAUGGAACCACAGGUGAAUCUAAAAAUUGUUUUUUUUUCCCCGCAAGCUCCUACAUUUCAAAAUGGUUGAGUUGUACAUGGGUUGUUUCGCAUGUAUCCAAGCUGCUGAUUAGUGCACAAAAUGGGAGAUCAUGGGUGGUCUUUGUUCUUAAAGUUUCUAGAACGGUUGAUUUUUAGUCCAAACAAUCAGUGUUUCAGAAUUAUUUCAAGCUAUUAUGCUGAUCCAAAGUCAUAAUUUCUGUAUAUUGUGGAAACUAAGAACACUUGAUGGGUUGUGCAAAUGCAUGAUACCAUUUUCACAUUUGGCUAUAAUGUUAAGAUAUCUGAAUAUAAAGGAAAGGAAAAAUGAAAAUUCUUCACAAUGAGGUGCUCUGGUUGUGAUUUUGUGUUCAUAGUUUAGUCCAUGCUCUGCUUACAAUUCUCACAAAAAUCUAAGUGAAUGAACAUAUCCAUAUUAAGCUUUCCCUAGCCAAUCCUCCCAUUUACUUGACAGCCUCAAAGCAGUAGAAAAGGAACUUAGCAUCUGUUGACUUUCUCUUCUUUCCUAUAUGGUUUCAGUUGCUUAAUGCGAGUUCCUCCUGCUUUAGAGCAUAAUAUGGCAGAUGACUCACAGCAACAUGCCAUGUAAGGUUCUGGGAAGAGGGAGAGCUUCACUUGUUGAUUUUUGUUUGCAAUAGAAUAAAACAUGUCUCCAAUUUUGCUCUUGUUUUACACUACUUACGUUUGACAUAUCUACAAGAGGAGAUUUUUGACUUUCCACUUAUUUAUAUAUUCUACUUUUUCUCUCCUUAUCACAGACUCGCAAUGUAGGUUAAGAUAAGAUAGUGACUAAUCCAGGUUCCUAGUAAGUUUUAUGGUCAAGCUAGAAUUGGAACCUGGGUCUUUUCAUCUCCAGGCGCACACUGCAAAUUUUGCAGGCCCCCAGAUGUUAGUAAAUUACAGCCCUAGUCAAAAUAAUCAGUGAUUAAGAAUCCUGGCAGUUCUAAUUAAACAGCAUUAGAAGGGCUGUAUGACACUCAUCUUUGAUCUGACCCUUAUACCAUAUUUGGCUCUCUGUUGUUGGACUGCAGUUCCAACAGCUUUAGUUACCAUAAUAAAUGAUAACAAAUGAUGAGAUCUAAAUCAUUACACCAUUGGGGAUGAGCUACAGGUAGUUCACCCCCAAUGUAAGCUAUACACCAUCGCCUAGCCAGUUAAUCUUUUUCUUCAGAGUAGAUGUGAAGUGAGUGUCACAUCUUCACCAAUGUGUUUUUUGCAUUUGGGGCUGCUGUUAAAAGCACAAAGGGCCAGUAAAACCAGAUGGAAAGCCGAGGAUUAGCAACGCAACUUCUCCAAGCGAAAAGAAGUAUUACCAUAUAGAAUUCUUACAGUGUUAUAUUUAGAAAGGUAGAGUAGGCAAGAAAAGCCCAUGUAUUUUUUCCACUUGCCUGUUCAUUGUGCCACUUUUUAAAAUGUCACAAAUAUGAUUUUUAAAUGUGUUGGAAUACAUUUCUUAUUGCAGAUUACUUUGUAUCCUUUUGUUCCCAAGUGCAGCUGUAUGUUUUCUCAUUGCCCAAGCCAAAGAUCACAAUGAUUCUUCCCAAGGAAGAUGGAUCUAAGUUUCUGGAUCUCUGUUAUUUCAGUUUUAAUCCUAGUUCUCUCUAAUUUAAUUAGAGCACUUUUUGUAAACCCCUUUAUAUGUCUUAAUCUGUUAUUUGCUGGAUGUCCUUCUAUAAACUUCUUAUCUCUUUGUAACUGUUGCAUAUUUUUAUUAUUCUUUGUCCACUCCUUCCCUUUUGUUCUGAAACACAGCUGAUUGCUAUUCUCUGAGGGACAGAAACUCAUAACUAAAUGUAGGUAAAUGUAGUAUCAUGCUUAUAAGCCUUGCACCAGUGAGUUAUCUUCUGUGUUAAAAUAAAUGUAAUUUUUAUCAGACUAUGAUUUACACAUGUCCACGGCUUAAAUCUAUUUGGCUCCAAGAUCAACAGGGUCGAGAAUGGGGUGUGAGAUGACCAAACUGGUAUACAUACAGUAUAUCAUAGGAGUAUGUAUAUUAAAUGACUACAAAUACAUUUAAAAUUUCCAUUUAAUUAUACAGUAGAGUCUCGCUUAUCCAACCUUCACUUAUCCAAAGUUCUGUAUUAUCCAACGCAGUCUGCUUUUCAGUAGUCAGUGUUUUGUAGUCAAUGUUUUCAAUACAUUGCAAUUUUUUGGUGCUAAAUUCUUAAAUACAGUAAUUACAUAACGUUACCGUGUAUUGAACUGUUUUUUCUGUUAUUUUGUUGUAAAACAUGAAGUUUUGGUGCUUAAUUUGUAAAAUCAUAACAUAAUUUGAUGUUUAAUAGGCAUUUCCUUAAUCGCCUCCUUAUUAUCCAACAUUUUUGCUUAUCCAAUGUUCUGCCGGCCCGUUUAUGUUGGAUAAGUGAGACUCUACUGUACCUGGCAUAGCUACUGUCAUAUAAAAAAUUAAUGAUCAUGUCUGAGAUUACCCUCCAAAUAUGUAUCAAGCUAUGAGGCCAGUUUUAUCCUCUUAAUCACUUCAGUAUUCAGGAAUUGAUAAAUUAUGUCCCUGUUUGAGGGGGGAAAUGAAGUAAGAUGAUAAUUGGGUGUCUAUAUGUGCCUUCAAAUUGCCUGUUGACUUAUGGCACCCCUGUGCAUUCACCAAGGUUUAUAAAAAUUACAUAAUCCUACAUAAACUUACCUUUAAAUGCUUUACUUUUGUAUGUAUUUCCACAUCUUAAUUUUCUUCACAUUUAAAAUGUAGUUGAUUUAUGCUUUUAUGUAUACUUGUGGGGUAGAAGAUUUGUAUCUUGAUAAAUGGGAAUAUUCAUUGUUUUUCAUUUUUGCUUUGAUGUCUAUGAACCGCAGAUUUUGAUACCCAGUGUUACCAUUUGUUUAAAGUGGAAUGUUAAUGUUGUGAAUAAAGAGAGCUAUUUUUGUUAUAAUAAACAUGUUAAAAUGCUA